AUGAGUCUCAUUAAAGGCAUUUAUUAUGAAUUAGACAGAACCGGAAGAAGCAGUGCGAAGCGGCUGUGGAAGUCAGCAGUGGAGCACCACGCCUUCUUCCGGUUAAAAGAGCCGCGCGCGGUGAAGCGAGGUCCAAUCAGUUUCCUGGGAAGGUCCUCACGAUUUCAGUACUCGGGUAAAACCUUCUUUCAAUACCGCACCGCCCAAAUUGAUCGUCCAAAAGGAGUGACAGAUGACAUCCUUGAGACGAGUCUGCGACCGUCACAUCAGCGAACUGCCAGUGUUCCUGUUGCCCUCAAUCGUGGUAUUUUCAUUUUGUGA